GCUCAUGAAAAAACCCAAUGGAAACAUACCCUUGAACAAUGUCAUGUAGAUUUGUCUUCUGUCAGCCUUUGGAAUAAUCAUUGUGGAUGGUCUACUACCUCUUGUCUGGUCUGAUAAAAAAAGACGCCAGAACCGGAACUACAACGCUCCCAGACAUACUCCCUAAACACCUUUCUAGCCAAACAUCCUAUGAAAAACUUCACCACCUCUCUCCCGUCCUCCCUCUCUCCCUCUCCCUCCUCUCUCCCGGGGCCUCACCGCUCUCCUCCACUGUGGCCAGCAGCGGAUGGAGGAAAAAGUCGAUGGCACCGCGCUCAAGCAGUCUACCCCGCGCACCGCACACAGUGCUGUCCAAAACACAGUCACAAGGCGCUUGGCCACUCGCGCCAGCAAGAUUGCCUGGUCACGUGCCUACAUGAUUUCGGUGAAGGGGGCUCAGUCGGAUGAUCUGCACUGUGUCUGCUGGCCCUGGGACUGGACCACAAUUGGCCCCUGGCC